GGUAUCAUGAGCACCACCGUGAAGAGCCUGAUAACGAAGGAGGUGUGGCUGCCGCAGUCUGGAUGGUGUCUUGAGAUAAAUGUCCUUCAUCGAUUGUAUAAUUAAGGAAGAGAUCCCAAGGUUGCUCCGGGUCAGUGUGCUCCCUCAUGGGCGAAUUCGGCAUCAGGCGAUUUCUUUUAUUUUGCAUCAGGUUCUUUCUCCACCCACUUCCAUGUUCCUCACGAUUACCUAUUCUGCAGGCUCAAGGAGCGAAAGAGCAGAAUCGAUCUCUCCGAUGGCACCCUUCUCGAAUACAUCAAGCCGAUACGACCCCUGAUAACUUGAUCUUGGAGCAGUGUGGAGGUCUUCACAUGACUACUGUAUUUAGCUUGAGUCUCGCUAUUACAUUGAAGGUCUCUUAACUGUAUUAUGAAGGUUCACUCUAUCUCUUGCUAAAUCGCUCUCCGAUACAGU